AUGAACACCAGCAUGGAAGGUGGAAGUGAUGAUGGUGAAUCAACCGAAUACGAAACCGAUGAGGAAGAAACAAUACAUGACCAAGGGAUGACACGAUCAUUGGUUAACAGACGGCAGGAAGAUGACGACUUUGGAUUGCCUUCCGAUGAUGAAGAGGGAGAAGAAGAAUCUGAUAAUUUAAAUUCAACUGGUAAAUUCACUAGUAUCGGAAAUUCUUCUUCAUCAAGUAAUAAGGGAAUUGUAGUUUCAAAUAGGUAUGAAAGAGGAAAUAGUGGAACUAACAGAACGUCAUCCGGAUCAACGAACCAAAAACCUUCUUCAGCACAAGGCAAAGUUGUGCCAAAUCAACAUUACGAUGAAGUUUUUGAAACAAAUGAAGAUGAGGUACAUUCGAUCCCAUCUCCAGAACACACUCCAAGAGAUCCACGAUUGCAAAUCGGAGCGUCAAACCCAAAUGCAAUUCCUUCAUCGGGAAUUGCAGUUUCCACAAAGAGCGAACCUCCAAACAAACGAAUGCAACAGGAAUCAGAUGAAGAAGAGGAAGAAGAGGAAGAUGAGGAAGAAGACGUAGAUGAGGAAGAAGAUGAGGAAGAAGAGGAAGAGGAUCAUUAUUCGAGUAACAUUACCAACGCAAGGUCACAACAACCAAGAUCGCAACAUUCAUCAUAUAAUGCAAAUGAAUCUAACUUGUUACUAAGCAAAAUGAACAUUUCGAAUGAGCUUAAGGAGCUAUUUACAUAUAUUAACAGAUACAAACCCCAUGAAAUUGAACUUGACACAAAACUCAAGCCAUUUAUUCCUGACUAUAUGGCCUCGGUGGGUGAGCUGGAUCCUUUCCUGAAAAUUAAAAGGCCAGACCUCAAGGAAGACGAAUUAGAUGAUCUUGGUUUAAAAGUUAUCGAUGAACCAAAUCCUAUUCAAUCUGAUCCUACAGUGGUUACUUUAGAUCUGACCUAUCAAAUGAAAGGGGAUAUGACUGCAGCAAAUAUUACCUCUAAUACUCAUUCUGAAUCCGUUCUGUCAUCAGGAAUUUCAAUGAAAAAACCAGAAACAAUAAUUAAGAGCGUAGAGUCAGGAAAUGACAAACUGAUUCAAAAAUGGAUCAACGAUAUCAGAGAAUUGCACAAAAAGAAACCACCACCAACCGUGCAGUAUUCAAAAGUGAAUGUUGACUUUACACAACUCAUUCAAGCAUGGCCUGAUGCUUUUGAGGAAGAAUUGGCAAGGACGGAUCUUCCGGGAGCAGAUUUGGAUGUGGAUCUUGACGAAUAUAUCAAAAUAAUAUGCAGUUUAUUAGACAUUCCUGUCUAUGAAGGACACUUGAUUGAGUCUCUCCAUGUGUUAUUUACGUUAUAUCUUGAGUUUAAGACAAACCAACAUAUCCAGUCUCAAAUGAUGUAG